UAGGAAGUUACGUUAGUUGAUUUAAACAGCGAUAGACUUGUUUACAAUGAUAGACAAAAUAAAGUAUCCUACAGUAUGGUAGACCUCUGUGUGGAGGCGGUUGAUUCAAAGGAAGCCGUUUUUAAAGCCUUUUGAGAUGCAGUGGUGGGAGGCAAAUUUGUUUUUCAUGACUUCUGGACAGUUGCUGCCACUGUGAUUUACUUUAAAGUCUGUAAUGUGGCACAGGCAUGGCAGAGCCACAGAGAAAAGGAGAGCUGCUGCCCGAAGAUGUUGGUACAGACGACUGCCUGACUUCGUACACAUACAUCUACAGUCCAGAUUUACUAAAAGAUCAGGUUGCUUUUAUCACAGGGGGUGGAUCUGGAAUUGGACUUAGGAUAGCAGAAAUCUUCAUGAGGCAUGGCUGUGACACAGUGAUUGCAAGCAGGAACUUGGACAAGCUCAAAGAGGCGGCUAAAAAGCUGUGUGCUGUGUCGGGACGCCGCUGUCUCCCUUUGUGUAUAGACGUGAGGCAGCCUGAGAGCAUCACAGCUGCUGUGGAUGAGACACUGAAAGAGUUGGGCCGCAUAGACAUCCUCAUAAACAACGCUGCUGGAAACUUCCUCUGCCCGGCUGCCUCUCUCACCUUCAAUGCCUUCAAGACAGUGAUGGAGAUAGACACUAUGGGUACAUUCAACACCAGCAAGGUGGUUUAUGAGAAGUGGUUUCAGAAUCACGGUGGCAACAUAGUCAACAUCUCUGCAACGCUCGGCUACAAGGGACAGGGCCUCCAGGUGCAUGCUGGCUCUGCUAAGGCUGCAAAUGAUGCCAUGACCAAGCACCUGGCUGUGGAGUGGGGGCCCAGUGGAGUGAGAGUCAAUACAGUGGCUCCAGGUCCUGUCUCUGGCACAGAGGGCUUCCGCAGACUAAGUGGUCCCGCAGGGGAGGCUGCUGGUGUGUUCCAGUCCAUUCCUUUGCAGCGAGUAGGCAACAAGACAGAGAUGGCCCACUGCACUCUCUUCUUGGCCAGCCAGGCCUCCUCCUAUGUGACUGGUGCCAUCCUGGUAGCGGAUGGUGGGGCGUGGCUGACCUCAGCCAACAACGUCUCCGUGCUGUUGGGUUAUUGGUCAUCUGAAAAGAAAAGAGAAAAGUAAAUGCUAUUCCAGGAACAAAAGAGUCAGUGUAUUUAUAACUUCUUUCAGCCAAUGUUGCCUUAAGAUUGUGUUGUUAAUUGAAAAAAACACUAACAUAACCUGUAUUGCAUAUGUUUGCAAUCUUAAUAAUGGAUCAAAUUCAUGGAUUUAUCACCCUUUACAGUGCUGUGUAUUGUCAUUAUACAUUUCAUGUAUAGUUAUGUUUAUCACGUGCCAUUUUAUGUGAUUUUUCAUUCCCUUUCAUUUAUUGGUGAACAUUUUUAUAAUUACUGUUAAUUGUGAUUACUGUUUGCAAGAAUUUUGUUUCUUGUGCUAGCGUACAAAAAACUUUAUUGGAGGUUGGUUUGUACCCAUAGGAAGGAACAGAUGCAAAUCAGGUAGAUUCAAUUAGUGGUUCCUUACCUAGGGGUCGGGGCCCCACAUCUGAGGGGUCACAAGUUGAUUAAAGAAAAAAAUAAAAAUAAAAUUAAACAUAUUACUGUUACACAAAA